AUGCCCAAGUUACCUAAUUGCCCCCAAGAACGACCAGAAAUCGACUUGUCCGGCGGACACCAACUUGAACGCGGUCUCAAAUCCCGGCACAUCCAAUUCUUUGCCCUUGGUGGUGCCAUCGGGACGGGACUCUUCGUCGGCUCGGGCGCCAUCUUGAACACAGUCGGUCCGGCUCCGCUGUUCAUGGCGUACCUGUCCAUGAUGCUGGUGGUGUGGAUUGUGAUGAACGACUUGGCAGAGAUGGUCACGUAUCUGCCGUUGAAGGGAAUAUCGAUUCCGUACUUUGUCAAUCGAUUCGUGGAUGAGAGCUUGGCUUUUGCUGACGGGUGGAACUACUGGUAUGCAUACGCCAUUCUCGUUGCCGCUGAAGCGACAGCUGGGGCCAUAAUCAUCGAAUACUGGACCACGAGCCACUUGGUGUGGAUCUUCAUCAUACUCGUCGUCAUUCUCCUACUCAACAUCAUCGCUGUCGCCUUCUUUGGCGAGGCAGAGUUCUGGUUCGCCUCGAUCAAACUCCUGACUAUACUCGGCCUGAUCAUUCUGGGCGUCGUUCUCUUCUUCGGUGGUGGGCCCAACCACGAUCGCCUUGGCUUCCGAUACUGGACGUACAAAGAUGGAUAUGGCGCUUUCAAGGAGUAUAUGGUACCUGGGAAUACUGGAAAAUUCCUAGCGUACUGGACGGCCUUUGUCCGCGCUGGAUUCGCUUUCAUUACUUCACCUGAACUCAUCGCUCUCGCGGCUGGUGAGACUGUUGCACCGAGACGAAACAUUCCCAAAGCUGCCAGACGAUUCGUGGUUCGUCUUGCGAUAUUCUAUGGCUUGGGAUCGCUCGUCAUCGGCAUCAUCGUGCCUUCCAAUGAUCCAAGACUGAACCACGUCAUCAACGCCGCAAUAUUGACAUCAGCAUGGAGUGCUGGCAAUGCAUUCUGCUAUUCAGGAUCCCGCAUUCUGUACUCCUUAGCUUUGAGCAACCAAGCUCCCGCCAUCUUCAAGAGUACCACCCGAUUUGGAGUGCCAUGGGCUGCUGUACUAGCAACAUGGCUCAUCGGAUGUCUCGCCUUCCUGAACGUCUCCAACUCUGGAGCGACGGUUUUCACCUGGUUCAGCAACAUCAGCACAAUCAGCGGUUUUAUCGCUUGGAUUGUGGCUAUGAUCACUUACAUUCGCUUCCGUCAAGCCAUGAUUUUCAAUCAUAUGCUCGACGCUCUUCCUUUCAGGACACCACUGCAGCCAUAUGCUUCUUACUUUAUGGUCUUCUUGAUUAGCGUACUCACCUUGACCAAUGGGUUUCAGGUUUUCUUUCCUUCGGAGUGGAAUGUCUCUGAUUUCCUCGCUGCGUAUAUCACUCUUCCUAUUUUCCUUGCGUUAUACCUCGGCCACAAGGCAUAUUUCGCCACAGUGCAUGUCGUGAAAGACAUGUCGUGGAAUGGUUCGUUCCAACCUUGGAAGAUGACAAAGGCAUGGUUCGGUGCAUGGAAAUUCGCCCACGAGCUGAGUGAGAUCGACGUUCUCACCGGCAAGAGAGAGAUGGAUGAGCUCGAAGCUCUCGAUGAGCCGCCUGUACCAAAGAACUGGCUGCAGAAGGCGUGGUACUGGCUGGCAUAA